AUGUGCGAUACUGCCAUAUAUACUGUUCAACUUGUCUGCCUCGGGCAAUCUACGAAAAUGGACGAUACCCCCGUAAAUACAGUCCCCAAGGCUUUGUGUUUUAUGGCGAGAUGCGAGAGACUGGAACAAAUCCUUGUCUCCAUGAAGAAAAUAACAACCCCCUUCAUCCCACAUCAGCGUCUACAGAUUCUCCGGAUUGACCUCAAUCAUAUGGACAUUGCUACCGGUAUAACUUCGCCUUCUGUUACGCGAUAUUUCAUGCCAAGAACAGCCACACCUAGGAUAGAAAAGAUACGUGAAGAUCCAAGCUGGGAUUGGUUUCUAUCUCAAAAAGGCAACUUCGGAAAAGGAACUUACCGGGCAAACUAUCUACUGCGGCGUGUGUUCAUGGACUACCAGGACUCGAGUAUUCCGGAAUUUUGGCCCUACGAGCUGGACGAAGUGAAAAGCGAAGGAAAAGGGGAUAACGAGGAUCCUACUGUCCUGGAGUCUUCGGGUCAGCUUGAUAGCACCGACGGCGACGGGGUGAGCGAUGAAGAUGACAAACCGCAUAGUAUAGAAGUCAGCGAGAGUGAGGAAAUAAACAGUGACAAGGAAGGGGAAAUCACGGACCUCAAAAAACAUUAUGAGAGUGAUGAAGAUUGCGACAAGAGCGAAGAGAGCGGCGGCGAGAAUCGCAAACCAAAUGAUGAAAGUCACGAAAAAAGCGAGAAAAGCAACAAGGAAGCCAAUGAUGACAAUGAUAUGGCUAUCUCGAACGCUCUUGGCCUGGAUCUCCGCAAUUACCAGACAGAUGACUGGUCAGUCUACUGGUUCCAAAGGCUAUACAAUCUUGAUCUGCCAGACAAAGUACACGGAAUCAGUAUCGCCAGGUCAAUGGAGCUAGAUCACCCGUACAAAUGCCAUGCAUGGGCUCUGGUAGAUGUGAUCUUAUGUGGUCACGAUCGCCCAUCGACUGCUGAGCUCAUAGCCUUAGUUAGCUGGGAGCUGAGAGGCAUGUUUCGUCAAUUAGAAUCGCUCGCCAAUGGAAUUGAGACAGAGUAUGUUCACAUGCUCAGUGAAGUCUUUCCAACCAUGAUCAUAGUGUUCGACCAAAGAUGCUGUGCCCGUGUACUAUACGGUUACUUCGAUGGUAGAUUUCAAGUUCAAUUUACCCCGGUCUUGAAUUUUAAAGAGUUUACUGAGGUCAGAUCAUCAACCUUGGAUGGUUACAUGGGCCAAAUUGACAAGAGAAAGUAUUAUGACAUGAUGCACUCACUGCUUUGUUGGGCGUGGCCUCUUGCUCAUCAUCCACUCUCGCUUCUUGGAUGA